AUGUCCGUCGCUGCGCACAGCGCGCCGGUGGCGUCAGUGUCGGGCUGCUGCAGCUGCGGCGGCGGGCACGGCAACUGCGUCAACAUCUACGUGAACAACAACGUGCAAGGGGUCACCAACUCCGUGCUGGUCGGCAGCAAGGUCGUCAUGCGAGACCCCGGGCCGCGCGUCUCCAGCCGCCACCACCAGCCGCGGCGAGACGGCCGCCGCCGCCGCCGUGAGGGAAACCGAAAUCGGCACCAGCAGCUGCAGCAUAUGGCGAAGACGAUCAAGAUUGGCAUCGUCGCCGUCGUCGUGUCGUCGUUGCUGUUCGUAGCAGCUGCGGCGGCGACCAUCCUUUGCCUCCAUCUUUUUGUACGCGUACGCGAAUGA